AUGUCGGCCACCGCGUCCCUUCCCAGCACCUGUCAACUGACCGGCUCGGACAGUGACUGGGGCCUGAUAAUGGGAAGGGAGAGUGAGGUCGACGACUCCGCGCAUUUUCGUCGCUAUAAACACUCUGAAGUGCUUGAAGCUAUCACGGUGCGCUUAAAGCCGUGGCUUGGAAGGUUGUCAGCUGGCGAGAUAAUUUGGACCUCGCAGUCGGCUCAGUGUUGUGUGUGUUUGUCUGGAGUGGCCGCUGGUGGUCUGAAAGUCCGGCUGCAAUGGCUCCUUCUUCAUGUGGCCUUAUGGCCCUCCCGCUACGUGGGAUCCGAGCCGGAUGUGGGCGGCACGCCGAGGUGCGGCUCCGGCCGCGCCAACCAUCCUAUCGUUGUUAGUUAAAAUCCUGGUCAUUUGCUGUGUGGAUCAGGGGGCGUGGAGUAGAACGCCAAGGUGCGGGCUCGACCGUGUCAUCCACCUGCGCCCUCCCCGUUUCCAGUUUUCUAGACUAUGUCUUGACACUGGGUUCAGGUGGGGGAGGAGAAGAGAGCAUGGUAGAUGCUGUGCAAGUCUACAUUUACUAUAAACUUGUUCACGCACAAGUCACCAUCCCUGCCUUGCCUUGCUGUGGAGCACACGGUGGACAUCGUCAGCAACGGCGGUCGAACUGUCGACUGUGGAGGUGAAUCGGAGCCCGCGUUUCACCGUGACCUAUGUCGCCCCGCCCUCGGUGACUGCGGGGGUAUUUGGCGCGUCCCAUAUCUCCUGUCAAGAAGGUUCGUAAAACCAAGAAGGAGGAGGAAAGUUCAUGCGACGGUUGACUGAGCGGUCCGUGGGCAUUUAUGCUCCCUGCAUCUGCACUGGAGUUAUAGUCAUCAUCCUGACCUACAGCCCAUAUCGCGUGAAUAGAUUUGGACAAAAUAACUACAGUAGGUGAGCUAACACAGGAAAUGUCGGCCGAAAUUCCGAAAUGCAUUUUCGUUUCAAACGGCUUAAUUAAGUAGGGUUGCAUAACUAAUCAACUUGCAGCAUAAUUCUAUAAUUAUCAAGGUACAUCAAGAUGUCAUCUUUCGACUGAACUUAUUUCCGACUGCAUGCAAGAACGACACUCUGCAAAAAAUGACUACUUAAGCAAGAUGCAAUUUUAUCAUUGAUUUUCGAUGCUCCUAAAAAUUCAAGUAUAUUUUAUAAAAAACAUGCAUGAAAAUAUUCAUUUUUUAAUAUUUGCCAGAAAAUCGCAUCUUCUUUCAAUUUUAUACUCCAAAAAGAGUAUAAUUUGAUUUUAAAAAACAGUUCUACUUCUGGAAUAAUUUUGAACCCGACCUGCUGUUGCACCUGCAUCGAGGAUUUCAAAACAACGGGCCGUAUAUUUUCGGUGUACGGAAAAAUACGCAUUUCACUACGGUAUUAAGAGAAGACCAUGUGGGGUUCAUAAAAUUAAGCAGUAGAUUUGAGCAAUAUUGUUAACUUUACAAGCCACAUUUGCAAAUGCGGAUACGUGACGUUUUAUGAACCGUCAUUUCACGGUAUUAAGAAAUCUCAUGAGCAGAACCUUUUUUGAAAUCGCAUUAUACUUUUCUUUUGAGUAUAAAAUUGGAAGAAGAUGCGAUUUUCUGACAAUUAUUAAAAGAAUAAAUAUUUUCAUGCAUGUUUUCCAUGAAAUGCAAUUGAAUUUUUGAGAGCAUCGAAAAUCAAUGAUAAAAUUGCAUGUUGCUUAAGUAGUCAUUUUUUGCAGAGUGUAGUUUUUGCAUGCGGUCGGAAAAACGUUCAUUCGAAAGACGAUAUCGUGAUGUAACCGGAUCAUUAUAGAAUUAUGCUGCAUGUUGAUUAGUGUUGCAACCCUACUUAAUUAAUCUUUUCGAACGAGAAAUUUCGAUUGAUAUUUCAUGAUUCAGCCCACCAACUGUAGUUGCAAACUUCACCAAGACAACUGCCGUAUUGCAUCCUCGAGUACGCAAUUAAUUGGUACCAAUUUGUAUCGUUAAGCUACGUUAUGCAAAACAUUAGAAAGUUUCCUGUGCCGUUCAAUGUAGGAAUUUUUGAACAUGUUUUCUCUCGUUAGGUUAUGUUAAAACUUGGGGCGGGGCCGGGCGUGGAUAGACACGUUAUUUUAUUGACUGUUUCGACCGUGAGUUGUGUACCCGCGAGCCCCGGUCUGUGGGAAGAUGAUCUGAUUCAAGCAUCUGCUUGGGUCACAUUUCUAGCCCCAUCUCCAGCUUGGGGGCAAUAACUACUGCUCUUAAAUGCGGCUGCUGAGACGUCCCAGACGGCCGCUGAAUUCUACAAUGGGUCAGGGCUUGAUUUGGUGGGAGAACGACCCGAGUUAGCCUGGGCAGCAUACGGGGUCGAAUGUCGCCCAGUCCGUAGGACCCUUUAAAGAGAAAGGGAGCAGGAGAGAAUGGGCGGGAAGGGGGAGAAAGGAAAGUAGGCGGGGAAAAAGAAGGGAGGGAGGGUAGGGAUGGGAAUGGGAACGGAGUUGCCGAGCGUGGUAACACACAGCAUUGGAUACCCCAUUUGGUUUAGUCCGCCGGUCGAGGCGGUUACGGAGGUGUGGCCGCUAAGCAGAACUCAUCUUCGGUGAGCUACAGAUGAUAACGGGGUGCCUACCAUAGAUUGACGAUUUAUAACAAUGUCGAAGCAAGAAUUUCCUGCUUGGAUGGAUGCCCGCCUCCCAUCUUGAAACUCUUUUCCGCAGUUUACUUGAACUAGACGCCAACUUAUUAUAAUUGGAAGGUUUCUGUGCAUCUGAAUAUAUUUCUAAACAAUGUUAAGAAUUCUCUACACAGGCCUGCGAACCCUAAUGACUAGAAUAUAUAUAUAUAUAUGACCUCCUAGAAAUAACAUGUUUGUUGUGCACCCUCCCUAUUGGUUAAGCGCCUUCCGGUAAGGUUAUUAUCUCUUAAGAUCCAUAUUUGUUGUUUAUUCUAUCCACGAAACGGUUAUAUGCUUGGACGUAAAUCAAUGCACCCUUGCAUUCAGGCAACUCCCUAUGGUAAUAGCAAUCACGGAGGGCGGUUUCACAUUUUGUAGCUCUAUCUCGAGUAGAGGUCAUUUCCCGUCAGGCCAGUAUAUUCAUAUGGGAACGGUGUCAAAGUAAACAUGUCAGUAAUUAGAGAACUCGAUUAAAGUUGGUCGUAAAACCCAGGCGGGGUGUGUACGGGUUUUACUUGACCCCUUUCCCAUAUAAAUGUACCGGCUUAAAGGAAAUUUGUCGAAAGCAAACGUAUGCUCGUCACGUUGUCCUCUGAAUACUGCCAUGCGAAUUUGCGCAACUCUAGAGGGCAUUUAUUUAAACGAGAAUAACUUACCAAAACGAUCGUCGCCAACACGAAAAGUAUCUUUUUAUUUCGCGUACAUCAGGCGUAGCAAGGCGUGGAUAAGUCGUUAAUAAUUAAACAAAAAGCAGUAGGUUUGGCUGCUUGAAAGGUUUAAUUUGCAAAUCUACGUAAUUUCGCCCUUCAGAGCGUUACGGGGGGUUAUUGGCUAUAGUUUGUUUGCACAGACCCAUAAUAUCCGGGCAUAUGCAAACAUGCCAUAGGUUGCGGCGAAAAGGCCCACCGCAGAGGGGUUAUUUUGGCGUUUGCGCAUAAUAUGAGAUAUCAUUUGGGUCCCAGUUUUUGCUACUGUGUGAUUUGAAAAGAGAACGGUAACCAUUUUCCCUGUUUGAGAAUUUUUUCCAUUUCAUCAAUGUCCCCAUUGUGGUGAAUUUAGAAUCGUUGAACGGAGCCUAAAAAGGGCAAAUGUGACGAAAUGGUUCCAACUGAAGAAAAAAGAGAGUUUUUCGCUUGCUGCAAAAAAUCAUUUGUUUCCAAUUUUUCAUUUUUUGUCUAUCUUUCAUUUGGAAAAAAUGCGAGGAUUUCCAUCAAAGACGUACCCCAGACAGUACUUUUUAAACACAUUUCUUGUAAACUUGGUUUUUUUUAAUUUAAUACAGACUGCUUUUUAUCACAAGUCAAGGUUUCGAAUGUCAACUUUCCACGACGUUCACGAUGCAUGUUUAGGUGAGUUUACAAUAAUGACGAUCAAGAUCUUACUACUUAGAUGACUUCUUCCAAUAACUAUGUUAUUUUAAAGGUUUUUAUUUACGCAAACUGCAGAAUGUAUAUUAAGUUAGUAGCUCGAGAGCACUUAAUAUCGCAAUGUCUUCAUUUACAUUUCAAGGACGUCCUAAAACUCGGCGCAUCCCACCACCGCCGGAUGGAAGGCAGAAAUUUUACCGGGACGGCAAUGAUUCUGAUUGCAAUUUCUGAUUAUAUUUCAGUGUCAUAAUAUCUGACCGGCCUCUCAUCAUAUGACCUAAUCAAAGCUGUUAUUUCAACAACGUCUACUUCUCAAUAAAAACGUUUAUAAUUUUCUUGACUGCAUUGCAACAAAUGCAUAAACGAAAAUAUUUUCUGGAAUGCUGUUAACGUUUUUUGAAGCAACCAAACAACCACUGUGUAGUGGACUACCUGCCAUAUUGCACAUUACGCUAAUUCAUGGAGGGCUGCAUAAAGUGCUGUUUCAAACGUUAUGACGUUUCUGUUUUUAUCAUACAGUGCGUGACCUAUCUCAUGAAAUGUUGGCUGAAAUUCUGAAAUGUGUUUUCGAUUAGGUAGGAUUACUUGGUCGCGGUUGUGAUAGUGAUUAUCAUAAGGCAUACUCUUAUAACAUUUUAUACUCGGCAGGAUGUCUGCUUUAAAAUGCACUUUUUUUCAAUCUCCUGUAGAAAGCGCACUUGGUAAAAAAUGACUACUUAAUUAGCAUGCAUUUUUCCCAUUGACUUUCGAUGGUCUUGGAAAUUGAAAUAUAUUUUAUAGAAACCACAAUUAAAAAUGUGCUUCCGUUUAGUCAAUCAAUAGAGAAUCAGGUCUUCUUUGAAUUUUAUACUUUAGGAAGGAGUAUAAUUAGGUUUUAAAAAAGUUUCUAAUUGUGAGACUUUUUAUGACCGCGAUAUUUCCAUACACAUAGCAUCGUACCUGGCCGUUUACCACUGCUCCUCAUAAAAUGUGCAACAUGGUCCGCAUCCAUUGCAAAAUUUAAUGAAUCCUGUAUGAUACCUCUUUAAUGACAGAAAAAUAUGGGAUUUUCUUUACGCAAAACGCAUGCACCUUGUAGAGUGUAAUCACUAAGCGCUAAUGCAACGAGUGAUCAGGCUCCACAUUUUUCGGCAACUAGGAAACUUUUUUAAAACCUAAUUAUACUCCUUCCUUAAGUAUAAAAUAUAAAAAAGACGGGAUUUUCUAUUGAGUGACUAAAAAAAGAACAUUUUGUUUGUGGUUUCUAUAAAAUCUAUUUGAAUUUCCAGGACCAUCGAAAAUCAAUGGGAAAAAUGCAUGCUACUUAAGUAGUCAUUUUUUACCGAGCACGCUUUCUACAGGAGAUUGAAAAACAGUGCAUUUUAAAGCCGACAUCCUGCCGAGUCCAAAAUGUUAUAAGAGUAUGCCUUAAGAUAAUCAGUCUCACAACCGCGACCAAGUAAUCCUUCCUAUUCGAAAACGCAUUUCAGAAUUUCAGCCAACAUUUCAUGAGAUAGGUCACGAACUGUACGUGUCUUCACGAACAUGUACUAUAUUUAUACAUAUUAUAUUCUGGUAGAGUGGCGCUCACCGAUCAUUCUUACGGCCCAGUAGUUAAAGUCGUGGACUUCUUACUAACAGGUCGCGAGUUCGAGCCUCAGGUUUUCCACACUUCAGGCUUAGGUAUGACUGACUGACGACGACUAAUGAGUCAGAGGCAGUCAUUCCAGUCUCCCUUGUCUUUGUCGGUAAAACCACGUUAUUAUAUAUGUAUGUAUUUAUGUAUAUUCACUCAGGACUGGGCGCACACUAAUCCAUUGGCUUCCCGAAGCAAACAAGCUUCGUAUGGAUGAUAGAGGUCCCGAACAGGCAACCAUCUACCGAAUUAAUAAAACAAUGAGCAUUUUUAUGCAUUUUUUCCAUGAAAUAUGAUCGGACUUUUAAUGGCAUCGAACACAAUGAGAAAAAUGCAUGGUAUUUAAGUAGUCAUUUUUUACAGAGUGUAGUUUCAACAUGUAGCCGUAAGGAGUCUCUUUCGAAAGCUGACAUCCUGAGGUAAUUGAAAUAUUAUAGAAUUAUGUUGCAUGCUGACUAGUUUUACAACCCUACUUAAGUAAUCUUUUCGAAACGAAAACGCAUUUCGGAAUUUCGGUUAACAUUUCAUGAGUUAGCCCACCUACUGCAGUACGCGCCUAUGAGGAAGAAUGCUGUCGACUCCCAUGUUACAGCUCAUGUGACGUAACCCGACCUGACUCAUUCCGGCGAGGUCUAUAUUCAUGCAAAAGACGACAAUUGAGGCAUGGUUCACCGGUCUGCAGUUCAUCAACAGGCGCAAUGACCUCUCUCUCACUCUUUCCUUUUCAAUGCUAAGACUCUCUCUCUCUCGACAGAGUAAUCAACCACGCAUACAGUGUCGGUGUAUCAUUAUCUCAUCAAUCAUCAGUGUGGAGGGACACUGUUUCCGGUGAGAGUAUUAGUGAGCCAAACUGCCGAGUAAUUCUUAUACCGAUCGCCAAACACCGGUCAUGAAGUCGCGGCGAGUGACGACUAAGGGUGGGGGGCGAUCAAGUACCCAUCGCACCACGUGCGACCAUCUGUGAUGAAUAUGGGAUUGCUUAUUUAUUCAGGUUGGCAAAGUUGAGAGAUCCGAAGUUGACUAUGUGAAGAAGAAGAAGAAGAAGGAGAAGAAGAAGAAGAAGAAGAAGAAGAAGAAGAAGACGAAGAAGAUGAAGAAGGGUUCCCCUGGAACAGGUUUAUCUAAAUGCUGACGUUUCGAAGAGCUUGGUCGGCUCUCCAUUGUCAAAGCGUAAAAUGCACCUAAUCGACCAGAGAUCACAAGUGAAGCGUCACGUUGGUCGACCUAGUGCUGAUCGAUUUUUUCUCUCCUCUCGCUGCCUCGGCCUCUUGGGGAAUGGUUGACGGGCGUUUUGUCUGCGUGCUCCGUGAGACGUCCACUCCGUCGGGGGGAGGUAACUGAACCAGUGUCGGGUGGUCGGCCAGGCUGUUAUUGUUCCUCUUCACCGAGUAAAAUCGCCUUUCGGGCUGUUUCCGUAUGGCCUUCUUAAGUCCGGUGUGGUUUUUUGGUCCUGAACUCUACGAUUGUGAUGACGUAAGACUUUGUAAGCUGCAGGAAGGUCCAGAUGCCUGUUGAUGGAUUGGGCAUCGGAGAAUUACACCUCGGCGAAGAACAAGAACCGCCAGACCGACCACCCGACACUGUUUCAGUUACCUCCCCCCGACGGAGCGGUGACUCACAAAGCACGCAGACAAAACACCCGUCAACCAUCCCCUGAUAGGCCGAGGCAGUGAGAGGAGAGGAAAAUCGAUCAGCCCGAGGCCGACCAACGUGACACUCCACUUGUGAUCUCUGGUCGAUUAGGUGCAUUUUACGCUUUGACAAUGGAGAGCCAACCAAGCUCUUCGAAACGUCAGCAACUAAAUAAACCUAUUCCGGUGAGCCCAUCUUCUUCUUAUUAUUAUUAUUAUUACUGAUUUGGUUGCACGAUGAAUGCAUUCCAUAAAUGCCUCAUCACGUGUGCGUCCACUGUUUAUAUCGCUUGCUGUCUCUGAUCACGAGGGUAGGUAUGAUUCCGAAGCACCAGAGAGAAGAAAUCCUCGUUUCACAGGUCCAGUCUUUUGCUUCUCAGUAAUCAUAUACAAUAACGUUGACGCCAAUGUCUCUUCCUCUGGACUCAUCUUGUGCUUUGCAAAAACGCUAGUACCACCUGAGCUUGCUUAGUCAGUUGGUUUGCGCGUGGGCUGUAGCCUAAUUCUUACAUGACCUAACAGAGAAUUUAAGUCUACACACAGGGUCGGACACUUGUAACAUUUCCAAAUCUGGACGACUGCCGGUACAGUUGGUCUGACAAUAUGCAAAAAAGUGGAAUGCGGCUAGCUGAGGAAACAACCCUCGAAUUGUUGUGGGCGGUCACGCUCAUGUUUUUAACUGUGUUACUGUUUAAUGCGUACAUUUUGCAGAUUGUCUCAACAUGCUCUCCCCCCCUACCCUACUUCGGGCUGCCUAACAUUAACUUCCCGAAUCCCUGUGAGCCUGCGUCUUCCGUUUCCAUGGCGCUGCGUUGAGUGUUGGAAGGUGCCUCGCUUAUUGACGUGCCUCCUCUUACUACUGCCCAUAUGCUUCUGGUGUUCAAUGCGCUACUCCUUCACAUGACACCUUUUGUUUUUUCAAUAUACUUCCUUCCACUUUGUUUCUCCCCCUCCUCUCUCCCCCCCCCCACCACAAUUUCCCAAGGGAUCUUUAUUACAGUGUUUGCAAUUAGUUACCAUAGCAUUUAGUAUGCUGCUGCUUACGCCUCUUUGAUAUGCCUACCUGACCAAUUUCUUAAAUGUCCCACGAGUUAGGUUACUGCUCCAUCAAUUUCAAAAGGUUUGCCGACUUGAGUAAGUGCCCAGUUUAAGUAAUCUAAGUAGUCAGCUUAAAGUUUGAGUUUUUACAGUCUGGGUAGUAAAGUGAAUGAAAGUGUGGGGAGGGGCGAAGUGAUGUGGUCAUGUGGGCUAAACCGACCUGAAGAGUAUUCGUCACUGGCCUAGUUCAACAUCCCCCGAGUAAAACAAAUUCGUCAAUCCCAACUGUCCCAUCGCAAUUUCGGCGCUUCAACUGUGCUCACGGAGUAAGCUGUCUCGGCCAGAAAAUAAGUCAUUGAGGAAAAUGGCGAGUGCAAACGCUCACGUGGCGAGAAUGUUAAGGCAAAGUUCCCAUCCUAUCCUCAGGUCAAGGAAACUUUCCGGGUGAUCAGUUGAGUGCCUUAGAGUUCUUAUAUAUUAUCGCGACGCCGCCUGUGUGGGACGGCGGGGAUAACGGAGUCCCUUUAGACAAACCGGUCCGGUGGUCAUAGGUAACAGAAGUCAUAACACCAAUGUGCGCACUGGAGAAGACUAAUUCCCCGAGCACAUCCUUCAGACGAUAUUACGGUAGGUGGGCUAACUCAUGAAAUAUCAACCAAAAUUCCGAAGUACGUUUUCGCUUCGAAAAGAUUAAUUAAGUAGGGUUGUAAAACUAAUCAGCUUGCAGCAUAAUUCUAUAAUAUUUCAGUUACCUCAGGAUGCCGGCUUUCGAACGAACUUCCUUCCGGCGGCAUGCAAAAACUGCACUCUGUAAAAAAGGACUACUUAAGUGACAUGCAUUUUUCUCGUUGAUUUUCGAUGCUCCUAAAAGUUCAAUUAUAUUUCAUGGAAAACAUGCAUAAAAAUAUUUAUUCUUUCGCUCAUUCCGUAGAAUAUUUCGUCUUCUUCCACUCUAACACUCGAAGGGAGGGUAAUAUUAGAUUUUCGAAAACGUUUCCAAUUCCCGAAUAACUUUGAACCCGCUCUGCCGUUAUACUUGCAUCCAGGCUUUCCAAACCACAAGCCGUAUAUGUUCCGUGCACGAAAAACCACAAAUUUCCUCUACGGUUUUAAGAGGAGACUAUAUAAGGUUCAUAAAAUUUAGCAGUGGAUUUGAUCCAUAUUAUUAAGUUUACAAGCCACAUUGGUAUAUGCAGCGACAUGACGUUUUAUGAACGGCCAUUUAUCGGUAUUAAAUAAACUCACAAUUGGAAACUUUUUCAAACCGAAUUCUACCCUUGCUUCGAGUAUUAAAUUGGAAAAAACACAUAUUUUUCUACCGAAUGAGCGAAAAAAAUGAAUAUUUUUAUUCAUGUUUUCCAUGAAAUAUAAUUGGACUUUUAAGGGCAUCGAAAAUCAAUUGGAAAAAUGCAUGCUAUUUAAGUAGUCAUUCGAUCACGUUUGUAAUUCCCUUGUCUAACUCUUCUAUCAUCUGAACCACCCAGCCGGUUGUACUCCGACUGACAUUUAUAGAGGUAGACGGAUAUUGUUUAAUUCUUCCUUCGUUUAUACAACCAAGAUUUCAUAAACUGUUUUUAUGAGACCUUCCUUGAAUGCUGUCAGCUGUUCUAGUCAGUAUAUUGCCUCCAAGUUAUGUGGCUAUCCUAGUUACUGAUGGCCUAUUGUCUGGGCUUGCACAUUUUAGAUCUGACCAUACUAUGCGAAGGAUAACCAAUGCUGCAAUUAAUCUACUCACCAGUUUGAUAAAGAAUGAACACAGACCAAAGGCAACCAUCAGACGUCAGGUAAUAAGACCGAAAGGUACGCUGCCACGGCUAGAAACGUCUGGAGUCGUUUAUUGGAUCUGGUGCAGUUGCGGACAAGGUAACUACGUCAUAGAAACCGGAAGAUAUCUCCAAACGCGGAUGGCCGAACAAACUGCAGCGGUGCGGAGAAAUCACGUUAGCUCUCAAGUUACGGCUCAUUCGACGAGAUCCGGCCACACAUUCAAAUUCGACGAGGCCGAAAUUCUCGCUAGAGGUGGUAACCGCGUGAGCCGGGAGCUGCUUGAGUAAUGGUUUACUGGCCCUCAGUCCAUUAACAAGCGCAAGGACCUUCCCCUUCCAUACUCGGUGCUAAGACUUAGCCUAGGCGGAGUGAUUAGGUACGCGGGGUGGGCACAGGUGAACACUGUUCCCAACACCAGGGUCAGUGCCUCAGAUGGUCGAGCAAUCAUCACACCAACAUCCAACGCAAAAGAGGAGAUUGCAGCAAUUAACGGCACGAUAUCGGCCAUCAAACAGUCAUCACGUCAAGCGAAAUAAUCCCUGAUGAAGGGGGUGGGGAAGACGUGAAUAUUUAUAUGUAUGCGGUAGCAUGACGACUGCGUCCUAUAAAUACUGCAGCCCCUUGUGCAUGAACCACCGGUACCUGCUCUUGUCUCUGAUGAUGUGUUCGAGCAGGAAUCCGAAACAUCAGACUAAUAAAGCGCUUAACCCAGCGAUCGUGUCUCCUUCUUCACAAAGAAUGAACUCGACAGUUGUCUAUAGAUUUAAGGGACACCCGAAAGUAGGUAGUGGAUCCAGUACUGUAGAAUCAAAGCGACUUAAUCAAUAUUUGUGCUCUAAGUUUUGGAGAGCUCCAAUAACUUUUCAUCUUACCAGAUUAAUUUGCGGGAUUGGAAUAAAACAAAACCGAAGUUUACUCCCCCUUUUACAGAAGUAUUUGAACCUAAGAAUGAUAGAGUGUAUUUACUUUCUCCAAUAUCAGGUCAGACGCUUAAUCUGCCUACAAUAGUAAACAAAAUAGAAAAAGUAUUUUUAACAAUUGCAGUUGGACUUGCCUAACCUUGCCGCCAUGUGUGAACAUUAGUCAGUUAAUAGAGCAUAGUGUGCGAGAACGUGCGACAGAAGUUCCAUCAUAACUUUUUAGGUGCACAGAUUUUAAGCGCUUUCAAAACAUCUAAGUCAAAGAAAACGAAGCUUGUGUAAGUCCCCCCAACUGAGGUUGAGACGCAGAAUGGUCAUUGUAGAUAUUUUCCUUUUGCAUGCAUAUCACCACUAAUUGUUUUGUGAUCAGAUACUUAAGCGACAGUAUAUUGAUAACCCUUUGCAUGGCUAGCAGGUGUCUGUAAUGGUUCGUUGCCAACAGCGACACCUCUCGUUCAUCUCGCAAUCGAACUCCCAGUCCGUAAUUUUACUGACGCAAAGUGAUCCAUCAGCGAUGUAUGAAAAAAACGCUUAUUUUUGUCCUAAAUUUUACUCAAAUGUGACAAGAAUAUCAGGUUUUCUUCGAUGUUUAAAUGGUGGCCAUUGGGGUUUAUCAAUAUUACAACUUAUUCCGAUCGAUAAAAGAUUUACUGGUAAAAAAACAUAUUCAACAGUUAAUUGCCUACAGUUUCUCCUUCAAUGUUGAAAUUAAAAUUACCAGCAGUCAGCUUCUGUCAAUUUUUCGAAAAACCUCGUAAGAAUCUUCCGUAAAUGACUUCUCAUGAUUUAAAUCAUUACUUUCCACUAGCCUGAAUACCUCAGUCCCCUGAAGCGAAUGAUAGGAUACUACCCUGCCUUGAAUGCUUAGACUAAGAGCUUCCUGCGUGACCCUCGAACUAAACAGCCAUGGAGAUUUUUCAUAAGGUAACAAAUGACUAGCCUAGUAAUUUAUCCGUAAUUCCUGCAAAAUUCGAUCAGUAUGAUUGUAUCAUCGAAACAGUCAGUCAGACUGUUUUGUCCUGAUAAAUUGUAGUCUUUAAAAAGUUGCCGUCAUCUAUGAACAGAACACCCCUUGGAUUAAACGUCAAUAAGAGGGUAGUCAUGUUUUGCAUUUGAGGGAAAAUAAAGUAAGUAAAAACAAGGCCGAGAAAACAAACUCAGUUACAACAGUACAGAUAAGUCAUAAAUAAAAUCGGAUUAUCAAUCGAAUAUACUUUCCAAAGGGUUUGUGAGCUUAGAUUAAUGGCUGAUGGAAAUCAUAAAGCGAUAACGUUAACUUUCCAGACGUCUUUUAAUUUGUUCGACCACACAUCAAACAUUUAACAAACAUUUGGAAUAGGAAUGAGAAUUAAUACGGCGUUUCUGGUGCGUACAAGUCCAAGGAAAUAAGUAAUCCCACGCUUGAGCACAGGAGUCCAGCGAUUUAAUGUCAUUUAAUUCGUUCAAUCAUGUUUUGGUUAUCACGCAUAUCAAUGCCCCCAAAAUGGCUCAUCUUAACGCAGUUGAAAACCAAAAAAACCGUAGUUAAUUUGUUUGUCUACGUCUGAUACAGUCAACAACAAAACGCGUCUGCAAAAUAACCAGCGUAAAGGAUAAGAGUGAGGAUUAAUGUGAAAAUUUGAGCGUAAACAUGUCUUAUAAAACACGUAUGCUGACUCUGAGGCAGAGGAGUCUAGGGAUCGAAAGCCAUUUUAUUCGCUUAUUCAUGUUCUAGAUAUUACGCACUUUAACUUUUUCCAUACUGGUUCACCUUGCCACAGUCGAAAACCAUAAAAACGCCAACUAAUUUUUCUGUCUACGCCUGAUACCCUCAACAGCACAACAUGUCCCCAAAUAAUCAGCGUUCAGAAUACGAAUUGUGGUUUAAGAGAUUUCUUAGACGGUACGCCACUGAAAGCAUACUCAAUAAUUGUGAUUACUUUCAGGUCUUUUUCUGGAGCGCUUGUGAAAUUUCAAUAUCUUCACAUUUUUAUACUAUGUUUGAUGGCAACAAUGGUAGCAAUGAUUGUAAUCAAAUUACGUGCCUUGACGAUUCCAUUAAGGGCUGAUGAUGGCAUAAUUUUGGAUGAGAUCUGAUGAUCGGCUCUGAGAAAAUGUUAACCUGCGGCAAUUCUCUGCAACCCAAUUAACUUAUAUUCCUAUGUAUCGAUGAGCGGAUGAUGGUGAGUGAAGGUCUGUUUCGAGGGCACUGUUCUGUCGGCCUCAAGUUUUUCGAACGUGCCAUUUCAAUAGUGGUGAAAAUGUGAUUCCACUCCGUCCAAUCGUCUCACUCCGAGGCACAUCCACAGACGGGCUUACAAUCUGGCUAUUUCCGAAGCUAAGAUUCUUAACUGCAGGCUCACAAGCAACGGUGCACUCAGCAGAACAAUUCCUUGACAAAAUAGGGGCAGUCACGAUCGAACCGAAUGAGAGGAUGGUGUCUUUUGGCGUCGUCUCACUCUUCCCGUCCAUACCACAGGUCCUUGUGGUCGAAACGCUCAGUGACCUGCUACGUCAAAAUUACGACGGGGGCGAUGGCCAGUCAACAGCUCAGGAUCUCAUAGAACUCAUGGGACACUGCUUCAAGACAUUCCUUGCCUUCGAAGGGAUCACAUGCGAGCAAAUCAAGGGCACUCCAAUGGGUUCACCGAUCUCCGGGCUCAUUGCCGAGGCGGCUUUACAAAAACUCGAGAGACGACUAUUCGAGGAGUACAAACCCAAGUUUUGGGCAGGCUACGUUGAUGGCACCUUUGUAAUCAUCGACCGGGAUAAAAUCGACUACUAUGCGGAACUACUUAACUCAAUCAUUCUCGAUCUACAGUUCACGAUGGAAGGGGAAGUAGGGGGCAAACUUCCAUUCUUGCAUGUUCUCGUCUGCCGUCAACCAAACGGCCAACUAGCGACGUCGGUCUACAGAAAACCGCUGCAAAUGCUCAGCUACAACAGCAACCACCCGCUACAACACAAACGAAGCUGUGUCCGGACGCCAUACCGACGGGUGGAAACUCAUUGUAGCACGCCAGCCGCCAAACUGGACGAGAUAAAGCUCCUCCAUGAACUCCUCAGUCAACGGCCAUUCGCAGGCAUUCAUUGA